AUGCCCGGCCGUGACGCCGUGUCCUGGAACGCGAUGAUCCUCGCCUUUGCACAGCAAGGCCAGCUGGAUCGCGCAAAGUCCACCUUUGAUGCCAUGCCCAAUCCGGAUCUCAUCUCCUACAGCAUCCUCCUGGCAGCAUUCGCGCAAAAGGCCCAGCUCCGGCGAGCGAUCGAGCUGUUCAAGCUCAUCCAUCGCCCCAAUCUCGUCUGCUGGACGUCGAUGGUCACUGCCUACGCCCGCGCCGGAGAUUUGCUCUCCGCAAGGAACAUCUUCGACAAGAUCCCUCAAAAAGAUCCCGUGUGCUGGAAUGUGAUGAUCAGCGCCUAUGUGGAGGCUGGGAGCCUCCAAGCCGCGAGAGCGCUCCUCCACGAAAUGCCCAACCCUAACGCAGUGACGUGGACGGCGAUGCUCGUGGCGUACGGCAACGCCGGCCACCUCGAAGAGGCGCGAAACGCAUUUGAAAUGGUGACGGACGGGAACACGGUCACGUGGAACGCCAUGAUUAGUGCCUAUGCCCGACACGGCCAUCUGGACGAGGCCAAGAUCUUGUUUGCGACAUUGCCGGAGAGCGACAAGAAUGUCGUGUCGUGGAACGCAAUGCUCCAGGCUUAUGCCGACAACCGCGAGCUUGAUGGGGCGGAGCACAUCUUCUGGGCGAUGCCCGAGCAUAACGUUGUGUCGUGGACGGCUAUGGUGACUGCCAAUGCCAAGUGUGGACGACUCGAGCAGGCCGACAGCGUCUUCGGUGCCAUGCCGGAGAGAAGCCUCGUGUCGUGGAAUGCGAUGAUGGAGAGCUACUCGGAUUCCGCUGGCCAAGGCCCGAAAACCCUAGAGCUGUUUCGAGAGUUGGAGCUCGUCGGUCUGGAACCUAAUGACUUGAGCUUCAUGAGCCUUCUCAAUGCUUGCAGCCAUGGCGGAUUGAGCGAGCAAGGCUUGAGCUACUUUGGCCGCUUGAAGGCUUCUUCGGCAGUGGAGGGCAGCAGCCUAUCUCCGUCCCGGGAACACUACUGCUGCAUAGUGGACAUGCUGGGAAGAUCCGGUCGUUUGAGAGAUGCGGAAGAGCUCGUUGAGUCGAUGCCAUUCGAGCCGGGAGUCGUCGAGUGGGGAUCACUUUUGGGAGCUUGCAAGACAUACAGUGAUGUUGAUCGAGCUUCCAGGGCGGUCGAGAACAUCGUUGAGCUCAAUCCAGGAAAUAGAGCUGCCAAUUCGGCUCUGACACUGCUGUCUAACGUGUAUGCUGCUGCUGGCAGGAUCAGAGAGGCGGAGGCUGUUCAGACAAGACUGAGAUCUAGAACACGAGUUAGAUCAGAUGGAAACAGUUGA